AUAAGAUAUUUUAUUAAGCAGAGAACUGUAGCCGUUAAAAUUCUGUUGAUACACUUCCACCAUACAAACAAAAACUGAAAUCACUAGGAUUCAAAGUCCAGCUCUCUCCGUCUCGGAGUUGAAAAGUCAGGCAGCUCAGAAAACCAAUGGCUGCCACUGCCACUGCCACUGCCACUGCCACUGUCUCUCACUUUCUCUCUAAAUACGAUGUGCCAAAACACCCUUAUCACAAACUCUCUAGGAACCGCAGUUUCUUACGCUGUACUCCAACAACUCUUCCCAAACCCAAGUCGUCUAAACACAACAAUACCAGUACUUCACUCAAAACCUCACCCCAACAACAAAAUGGUCAACCUAGGAAAUCUCGAACCGCUCUCCCUCCCAAGCCUGUCGAUAUUCCUGACUCUAAUCUGUCUUUCUCGCUUCUCUUUUGCCGGUUAAGAGAUGGGUUUAAGGUAGAUGAGCUUGGAUUGGAGAUUUUAUCCAUUGCACUGCCUGCUGCGUUGGCUUUGGCUGCUGACCCCAUUGCUUCACUUGUCGAUACAGCCUUUGUUGGCCAUUUAGGGUCGGUUGAAUUGGCCGCGGUUGGGGUAUCAGUAUCAAUAUUCAAUCUGGUUUCAAAAUUGUUUAAUGUUCCUUUACUUAAUAUUACAACAUCCUUUGUUGCUGAAGAGCAAGCAUUAAUUAGUAAAAACAAUGAUGAUCGUGAAUUUGAGCAUCAAGGCAAGAGAGUUCUUCCCUCAGUAUCCACUUCCCUGGCACUUGCUGCUGGUCUUGGCAUUGCAGAAGCAGUUGCUCUCUCAGUUGGAUCGGGUUUCUUAAUGAAUAUCAUGGGUAUACCUGUUGAUUCACCAAUGCGUGGACCAGCUGAGCAGUUUCUGACCUGGAGGGCCUUUGGUGCCCCUCCAAUUGUAAUUGCACUUGCUGCUCAAGGCACUUUUCGUGGAUUUAAGGAUACCAAGACACCUUUGUAUGCCAUUGGUGCAGGCAGCUUAUUAAAUGCUAUAUUGGAUGCAAUUUUGAUAUUUCCCAUUGGUUUUGGCGUUGGUGGUGCUGCAGUUGCUACUGUGAUUUCUGAGUACGUCAAUAAUGUGGUAAACUUAAUGAUUCUAGUGUACUUCGCUCAUAAUAUUUCUGCUAAUGUUGGAAGCUCUAUUGAUAUUUUUACUUCUACUAACCUUUCAUUUCAUUUAUUCUUAACCAGAUAUCUGAUUGCUAUUAUUCUUCUAUGGGAGUUGAAUGGGAAAGUUGUGCUUGUCUCUCCAAAUGUUGACUGGAGAAAAGUUUCCCUCUAUAUAAAAUCUGGUGGACUUCUUAUUAUCAGGACCAUAGCCACUCUCGGAACUCUCACGCUAGCAACAUCACUGGCAGCUAGGCAGGGCCCUAUUCCUAUGGCUGGUCAUCAGAUUUGCAUACAAGUUUGGUUGGCUGUAUCUUUGCUUACUGAUGCUUUAGCACUUUCUGGUCAGGCUCUUCUUGCCACUGAUUACUCCCAAUCAAAUUAUCAACAAGCUCGUGAAGUGAUUUAUAGUGUUCUACAGAUUGGUUUAGUAACAGGAUUUGCUUUGGCUGUCUUCUUAUUCCUUGGAUUUGGAGCAUUUUCUGGCUUAUUUAGCACAGAUUCAGAAGUUCUCCAAAUUGCCUGGUCAGGUGCUUUGUUUGUUGCCGGCUCUCAGCCAGUGAAUGCCAUUGCUUUUGUUCUUGAUGGGCUCUAUUAUGGGGUUUCAGAUUUUGAAUAUGCUGCAGUCUCUAUGGUGCUAGUUGGAUUGAUCUCAUCUGCAUUCCUACUUGUGGCUGCUCCUGUAUUCAGUCUUGCUGGAGUGUGGACAGGCUUAUUUCUCUUCAUGACCUUGCGUGUCGUAGCUGGAAUUUGGAGGUUGGGCACAAAAAGUGGACCAUGGAAAAUGAUUUAUUGUGAUAUGGAAAGAGGAAAUGGAUAAAGAAUAGAUCUAAAUUGGCUGGCCAAAGCUCGGUUUGAGAUGUUAAACGCUGUCAGGGUGGUAAGGACAUAUGAGAAGGUGGUGGCAAUGGCAAAAACAUCAGUACUCUAGUCACUUAUGAGAUGGUGCACAGCAUUCAAAGACCUCUUAACUUUUAAUUGAGGCUAACUGGAUUCAGAACCCGUAGAUUUAGACGCUUCUCAGCCGGACUCAAUAUGGGAUGACUCGAUUAGAAACGGAAUUAUAUUUAAUUCUGGUCAGAAUGGAAUUUAUUCUCUUUUUCACACGCACAAUCAGCAAUGUAAAUUUGUUUGCAGUUAU